AGUCAGUUGCCAUUUAAACACGCUAAACGUAUGGUCGCUCUCGGAAAACCCUCAAAACCAAACGCAUCAAAUGGAUACCGUCACAAUCAAUUGAAUGAUUUUCAUAAAGGAAGAAAAAGAAAAAUCAGUGCUUGAAAAUAAAAAAAAAAAAUAUAUAAAAAAAUCCAGGAGCAGAUACUCCAUAUUCAAAACGUACAAGAAUUGAAAAAACGUAUAAAUAAAUAUCGAAAAUUUUAUUAAAGUGCAAGUCCUUUAAAUAUUAACAUCGUCUUAAAUUUUUAUCGUUUUCUUGCCAGUCAUAGUUUCCUUUCUGGUUCUUUUUGUCGGCUCGUGAAAUUGAAACAGCAACAAUUGUGUGUUUUUGUGUGGAACCUGUUUAACAAGGUGUUACAAAGCGAAAAAAAAGUUAGACAUGGCUGGCGUAAUUUAUUGAAACUUGUUACCAAACUAUAAAGUAGCAAUAAUAAUUAUGAAUCAUACGCCACAAGGUUCAGUCCAAUUUUUGCCAUAAAAACUUUAUGGAAUUAAAGUGAAAAGAAGAAGAGCGCAGAAAAAAAAUCGAUGUGAAAAUUUUUACGCAAAGAAAACAAGUGCAAACUUUUGCGAGUAAAAAAAAAUUUUGAAUAAAGGAUUCAUACCGAAAAUUGGAAUAAAUUAAUUAAUGAAAAAUAAUAAAAUAAACUAAAAAGGAGAGAAAAACUUUCUCAAUAAAAUCAAACUUAAUUGGAAAAGAUUCCAGCAAAAAAAACCGAACUGAAGAAUUCCCAAAAGAAUUAAAAAAAAUCUACAAAUUGUAUGACAUUAACAUGGCUUUAACCAAAACAUCUCCAUAAGCCGGGAAGAAGAGAAUCAAAGUUCGCUAUAGCAACCAACAAGCUGUUGAGGUUCAUUAAUCAUACGCUGUGUGGCACACUCCCCCGCCCUCCGGUGUCAAUAGAAAACGCGUGUGUUCCGGCAGCGUACGCGCGCUCACAGUUGUAUAAUAAAUUUUAAUUUAAAUUGAACGUGUUGGGCUGUCAUUCGUAUUGCCAUUUUCACCUUUCAUUGUCACAACGUGUAAAAGUAACAAUGCCUCAAGCGAUAUGUCGCGAACGUGCGUAAUGUUGCAUUGCCAUUUGUGAAGUCUGUGUCUACGUCUACGUUUUGGGAACGGAAAACGCGAAUCGAUAUAACGUACAAUUAUUGUAUUGGUAUCUGUGAAGAGUAAAUACUAGUGAUAUAUCAUUUUGAGUCUAUAACAAAUACGCGCACGCAUACACACACAUACAAGCGCCGACCAGAAGAUAUCGAAACGUAUAUUUGUAUUUGGCAUUUGUCUGUGAAAAGCAAAUUUUAAUUUUUGAACGUGUCGGCAUUAUUGUGAAAUGGACAAUGUGUGACAUUAACUGUAUCUGGUUAUUUAAUCUACUUGUGGCAUUUGUUUUAAUUAUACAACAGCAGCAACAUCAUGCUGUCGCUAUGGGCCUCAAGCAGGAGCAGCAGCAUCCGGAGCAGGAGCAGUCGCCAUACGCUGAUAUUACAUCGUACGCUUCAGCGCUGGCCACGAAAUACUUACAUCAACAUUCAUGGCCCAAAGCAAAUGUGGUAAAACGUGAGAUAAAAAAUGACAAGAAUACGGAUUUUAUAACAUAUUUAAGUGAUGAUUUCAAUAUGCAAGAUGAGACAACAAUACCUGAGGACAUAUUUGACCAACGACAUCUGCAAGAGAUCGAGGAAAAGGAGCAGCUCGGUAGCAUCGGCAACAGCAGUGAUGGUGGUGCCAAGGGCGGAGAAAGUGUCGAUAUUAUUGAUGUCAAUUUGCCAUAUGAUGAUUCAGAUGCAGAUGCCGAAGCCGAAGCUGACAUUAUUCUCGAAUCGCAAAGGUCCAGUGAGCGAAAUUUCAACUCCAGCGAUGACACCAAUAACAAUGGCGAUGAAGCAUCCAGCCCGGGCAUUGUUUACAUGACACAGGUACGGCCGGGCCAUGUCGAUGGGGUCACCAAAGUGGAUAGUUUAAGGAAAACUUUUAAUAAAAAGGAUAUCUUUAAGGAGAAGGUGAAAGCCAAAUAUAAACCCGGUGGGGGUGGUGAAAAGAAAACGCAGCAGGAAGUUAAAUACGAGUCCACAAGUCCCCGUUACACAUAUGAUUUCCCCGAAACAGAUCUUUCAUCCUUUGCGGCUGUGGAUAAUUAUGAAGAUGCCAUUGACGAUGAUGAGGAGGACGAUGAUGAUGGCAGUGCUGAGUAUGAACGUUUUAAGUAUAUGCAUGAAAAGAAAUUACGUGAACAAAAAGAACGUGAAGAGCAGAAGAAACAACAACAGCUGCAACAAAAGCUUCAUCAGCAAAUAGCGGAUGUUGACAAUAGAAAAGAAGUGGGCGGAGAUGGCGGGCUGAUGCCACUAAUAAAGAAAUUAAAUGAAAGGAAAUUUAAUAAACCUUCCAAGAAUGAAAACGAAAAAUUCUCCGCCAAGGAUGAAAAUGACCAUCACCGAGCUGAUGACCAAAGAAGCCAUGACGACAACGAUGGCAUGGAUGCCAGUGACAAUGAUGAAGACAAUGCCUAUAAUGACAGUAAGGCUGAUAAAAAUGUUGAUGUUGACACGGAUGACAGUGGCGCCAAUAUUGAUUAUGAUAGGCAUCCGAUAUGGGAAGAGCAACAACAACAAGAACCAAAUCAAAAGUCACUGCAACAACAAUCCCAGGACGCCAUUGGUGAUAUUGCGGCCGAGGAGAACGACAACGAAAAUCAAAGUCCAUGGCAAGUGAGCAAAAUGGAAGCGAAAGAUUUCCCGAAUGUGUUCAUACCACGUAAAAUGAAACGACAUAAUGGUGCGGCACGUUUGGACGAUGCCACCAAUCGAUAUACACGCAUCAAACAGGAACAGCCGGUUCAACAUCUACGCCAACAUGCCAACACUCCGCCACACAACUCCGCUGCGAGUGAUGGCGGUGACAAUUCAAAAGACGAUGCCACCGCCAUUGACAGUCAAGAGGAAUAUAUGUCUCACUAUCGACCGGCAAAAGAAACAAAUUUCCAAAAAUCCCAUUAUGGUCGAACAAAUGGAAAUGUCUCGGAGGCGAGUAGUGGCAGUGAUGCAACUCAGCGACAGCAACCGCAACAACAACAACAGUCAUUGAUGUCGUUACAACGUGACGCGGAACAAGGAUACAGUUUCACUACGACGAAGGGUAACAGUAAUAACAAUGUUGUCAGUGGGGAAAAGAGAAAGGACCAGGAGAAUGGCUUUAGCAGAAAUCGGGAUGAAAUGGAAACACUGGAGAUGGCGCCCAAAGCCACAGCAACUUCAGCUACCACCACGUACGAUGACGACGACGAGCAAAAUAAACGGCAAUCAUUAUUCGAAAGAGAGAAAUCUUUAAGACGCAAUAGUAAGCAUUAUGGCCAUAAAAUCCAUAAAAAGAAAUACAAGGAUUAUCAGCACUACUACUCGGUCAUGAUGAUGAGGCAACAUCCGACAACGACGGCGGCAGUGGCAGUGGCAACCCACAGCCCUACAGCGGUGAUGACAACUUCAACGCCCCCCAUGCCGGAGAGGACAACCAAAAAACCUCCAAUGGUAACAAAACUCAUAAAAAUGGAUAACACCAACCGCAAUGAUGGAGGGGAUAAUUUACGGUAUCGCAAGAAAUUGAAGAUGGAACGCAUGAAGGCCAUGCCACCCUCACCCAUAUUUGUACUGAAAUCAUCGAGGGGUGGUGGGCAUGAGAUACCAACAACAAUGUCAUCAUUGACAGCCAGCAACAAGCCGUUCUACGAAGGACAAAUCAAUUAUUAUUUGGAAACCGAGGAUGGUGAUGAUGAGGCACGCGCCAGUGAGGCUCGCUUUAUUACCAAAGGUGAUCGCAUGGACACCAACGACUGGUAUCGUAAACUGAGUCCAGUCUUGAGGAAUGGUGUUAAAACAUCAGGACAUCAAGAAGAUCGUACGAUGGGCAGUGGAAUGGGAAGACCGGCGGGAGGUGGAGGAGGAGUAGGUGGUGGUUAUACACCCUAUCAUCACCUGCGUAACCACCAUUCGAAACAUCAUCACCAUCAUCAGCAUAACCCACACAAUCAUCAUCACCACUCACGGAAUCAUGCCUAUCAACGUAAGAUGCUACCGAAAAAACCUAUGGUUACCACCACACCCCUGCCUCCACUCUCUCGGAAACAUGCCGCCUCCUCGUCCUCCUCCUCCUCAUCGGAUGAGUCCACAAUACAUGAGUUGGCUCAUCAAAUUACCGAUCUAAAGGAAUUCGAACGUUACUAUGCCAAGUGGCCCCAUCUGGCCCGCGUCCAAUCCCAGCUGCACGACGAACAGCUGAGAGAACAGUUGGAGUUACAAAAUCUACAAAAACAACAACUGGGCAACUAUCAGGAUUAUGAAUAUGAUGAGGAGUAUUUUGAGGCUCUGCAGGGUAUUCGAACACCCAUGGCGGACAAUGUGGAGGAAAAUCUUCCACCUUAUAUACGCAAGUACAAUAGACGCAAUAAACAGUUGUUGGAUCUGCUGGAAGGUACGUUGCCGCCACCCACACGCCCGCCUCAUCAGCUGAGAUGGGCAGGUUCGAAACUGCAGCCGGGUCCUCGAGAGGCCAGCAGUGUGGGUAGUAUGUCGGUGCGCAUUGAUGAUGACUAUCUCAAGGAGAAACGUAAGCGAUAUCAUCAACGCCAGAAGCAAAUUCAUGAUUUAUUUGAGGAGCAACGGGCAACCAGCACCACCACCAGUGCAACAACAAUAGCAGCAGCGGCAGCGGCACCAACAACAAUGCCAGCCUCCUUAGCUUAUUCUUAUGGCAGUGGCCGUAAAGAACAGCACAUGAACGACAACAACGACAACAGUGAACCAGAACUUGAAAAUCAUUUGCCCGAUGAAGAUGUCAGUGUUUCCAUGGAAACGGCAGAGGAGCAUCAGGACACAAAUUGGCAAAAGGAAAUUGCAAGUAAAUCAACAUCGUCAUCAUCAACAUCAACAGCCUUUUCGGCAGCUACUUCAUCAAACAGCGGAAAUUCACCAAUUCCCUGGCAAAUGGAAAAAUUAAUAACACCAUCAACAAAAAAUACAGGAGGCAAUGGGGCCUUGGCAACGGCCUCCGCCGUCACACCGAAGCCAGCCAUAUUUAAAUUACCCUCUUAUCCCUCCAUUGCUGGCAGUUAUAUACAACGGCCCAGGUCACGUAGUGCUCAAUUUGCACCUAGUUCAGGUUCAGAGUUUCGGCGAGUUACCCCCUCCCUCUAUGGGGGAGCCGGAGCAGCAAGCAACAACAAUAACAACUUCAUCAAUGCCGGUGGUUUUGUGGCCUACAAUGGCCACAAUUUGGGCCCCAAAUCAAUGGCUGCCCGUUUCAAUGGCCAGAAUAAGACCAGCAGUACCACUACUGUUUUAACACCCUCCUCUCUCCUCUCGAAUACGUCCAAGAGCAAUAACAACAAUCAUGUAGCCGGCAUAAGCACCUCGUCUCUGACAUCGUCAUCAUCAUCUACCCGGACAUCGUCCAGGUCAUCAUCGCCAUCCUCAGCGGCUUCUGUUAGUAAUUCAUUUGUAUACCAUCGUGUAGUGGAUGCCUCACCGCGUCUGGUGGGCGCUGGGCUGACUGGACGCAAACAGCGUCUACCGUUUGUGGCCAUUACCGAUCGUCGCCUGGAAACGUCAAAGAAAUCCCUAAUGGAUCAUCAGAAAGACUUUGAACAAAAUCACUAUCCGUUGCCUUAAAUAAAUAAAAAUGAAAAUAAAAUCCUUAACAGGUAGAAAAAUGUAAACCCUCCCCCUCUUGAAGAGAAUUCAAAGUAAAAUCCAAGUGUUUGGAUGACGGAAUGGGGGCGGAGGGGCUUAAAUGUAGUGAAUUUAUACCCCAAACACCCACACACACAUUCAA